AGUGUCAGCCAAACCAGUCGAUGUCAGAUCCCGUCUCAUUCAGUUUUAGAGACAGUCAUUUAAUCGAGCACUAAUCGAAUGGUAUCUCAGUAAACGACCUUUAGUUUCGCUACCAUAUAUUACUGAACUACAGUGCACCCGGCAAGUUGUUGAAUGAUAUCGUAACGUUAAGCUAACUACAGGAUCAAAAUGUUUCGACUUGCAACUGGUAGACGCGUAGUUUAUGAGGUGUCAGUCUGGAGAUGUCUUCAGCAGAAAACCAGAACAGCAAAUUACUCAACUUCAGCUCAACUGCUGUUUUGCUCGCAGUUUUCCUCCAGAGUGGCGUCCACCAAAAAGCUGCUGAGCAUCAGGCCAGUGAGCUUGUAUGCCUCACGUCUCUGCCAAAGCAAUUCCCAAAGCACCUCAGACCGAGGAAAUGCCAAGGAAGGCCUCAGUUUAAAAACCAUCACUCACGCUCCCAAACCAGCCCUCUACCUUGGUUUUUCUGGACUUAUCCCUUUCUUAUCAGCCCCUCUCCUUAUGGCUGCUUCCCAGUCCUUCUACCCUGAAGUGGCAUAUGCUCAAGUCAUUUAUGGAGCCUCUAUUGUGUCCUUCCUUGGAGGUGCCCGCUGGGGGUUUGCCAUACCUAUUGGUAGUCCUGCUCAGCCAGACUGGAAGAACUUGGGCAACAGUGUAGUCCCCUCACUUUUGGCCUGGCUGUCCCUGCUCUGCAGAGACAAUAUUGCAGAGGGAGCCCUGGUAGUAAUCAUGGGACUAGGUUUGUCUCUGCAUUACGACCUGACACUGCUGCCUGGCUAUCCUGCCUGGUUCAAAGCCAUGCGAACUGUCCUCACUCUGGUUGCAACCUUCUCACUGGUGGCUACACUGAUAAUUAAAAAGUUCUGCACUGAGAAGAAGUUCAAAGAGAAUAAGAGCUGAAAGAAGAGACCAGUUUGUUCUGAUCUUUAUUUACUAAAUAAAAAUGUAUAAUUGAUUGAA